AUGCCCCGUGUGUAUUGCAAAAAUUUGGUGAGAACAUAUAAACCAUCUUUCUUCUUUCUCUUUGAUACUCAUACCAUAUUUAAUAAUUUGAAGAAUUUUUGGGAUAAGUUGGGUUUUCAUUGUGUUGGUAUUGAGGAAGCAGUAGGACACAGGGGUGGCAUUUGGUUUCUAUCUUCUAUUGCGAAUACUUUUUGUGUGGUUAUUGAUCAAAUUGACCAAUGUAUCACAGUGAAAGUGAGUGUGGGCCAUAACGGACCAUGGAUAGCUGUUGGUGAUUUUAAUGAGAUUGUAGCACCAGAUGAGAGUACAUGUGCUUAUUUUUCUUCUCACAGAGCUAGUCUAUUAGCUACUACUCUAGAUGACUGUGAGCUCUUUGAUCUUAAAGUGAUUGGUAGGAUAUAUACUUGGUAUAGAGCAGUUCAGGCUGGCAGGAACUUGGCUAAAAGGUUGGAUAAAGCUCUAGUUAAUGAGGCGUGGAUGACAAUGUUUCCUGAGAGUUAUUCUAAAAUUCUUAGCAGGCUUCAUUCUGAUCAUUGUCCUAUUUUAGUUUGUUGUCAUGGUAGCCUCAUAGUGAAAGAGGUUACCGAUGUGUUAUCUCUGAGAAUUAAAGAAGCUGAACUGAGGGAAGAUUACAAUAGACUUUUAUUGCAAGAGGAACUUUUUUGGUACCAGAAAUCUAGAGAGCAGUGGGUCAAGUAUGGGGAUAGAAACAUUAAAUUCUUUCAUCUUCAGACUUUGGUGCGUAGAAACCAUAAUAGAGUACAUGGAUUAUAUGUUAGAGAUGGGUCUUGGUCUACUGAUCCAGAUAUUCUCCAGGAAGAAGCCCUCUCUUUUUACAAGAAUCUCUUUGGUACAACGGAAGAGGUUGAGGUUGAUUGUUUAGGGGAUUUUCCGAUGCCCACUCUAAGCACUGAGGCUUGUACUAGGUUAAUUGACCCUGUCUCUUUUGCGGAAGUCAAGUCAGCAGUAUUCAGUAUGAGCCCUUUUAAAGCUCCUGGUCCAGAUGGCUUUCAAGCUUAUUUUUUUAAAGAAUAUUAG